ACAAGUGCUGCUUUUCCCUACUUCAUUUACUGUGUUCAAACUAAAAACGUUUAUGUCUUGUAAUUAGAGUGUCGUCGGCAUAGUCACUGCUGUAUUUAUGUGCUCCAGUUAUUGUCGUCUGCAACAAACGUCAAAAUUUUAAGAUAGUGCAAGAAACUGAUUCAAGUGUUUUUUUUACAUCGAGACAUUAUGCCGCCAGCAAAUAAUACAGUGCAGUGUUCUAUGUGCACUCUUUUAAUCGCAGUUGAUGACCCAACUACAUUUUUUAAGCAUGUAAAACAGAAACACAGUUGUAGUGUGCCCUUCCACAUAAUAUGCAGACAUCCAGACAGUUGCAACAAACAUUAUUAUGUGUUCCUCUCAUUCCGACGUCACUGGAAUAAAGUCCAUGGAAGUCAGACUAAAUUCGUACACCCUAUUCAUGUUGGGAACAUUCAAGCCAACAUGGAUGUAGUCAACUCGUACUUGGAUGAAGGGAAUACCAUUCCUGCUGUCUUUAGUAUUCAAGGAGACGAGGAUCAAACAUCAAUAGGUCAUAUGGAAAGAAGUGACGAAGACUCUAGCACUGAGAAGAGCACUGAUAUUGAUACUGCUAUGUCAUCAGAAUGUAGUGCAGCAAGUUCAUCAGGCAGUACUGAUUUUGUUAAUAGCACAUCUGAUUCCGACGGAAGCCGGAGAAAUAGGCCCGGCAGCUGA